AUGAUCCAAACAGCUGUCCCCGAGAUCUUCGAGGAUGACUCGACUUCUGUGGUAGAAAUUCGCACAGAGAACUUGCAAGCCUUGCGAGAAUUGGGUCCGCCCGAUCUGGUGCACCUCGUCAAGCAGCCCGUCAAGUCGACCAGCAAGCAGGUACCACGCAAUGCCAUGCGUCGAAGCCCCUCGAAGCUCGUCAUGACUGACCAUGUCCUCGUCNNACAGGUCGGAGUCUACCACCACGUUAGCGGUACAGAUGCCUCGUCGUCGGCCAGUCUCGCAGCCUACAUCAACACGCUCGUCUACUCUCCACACGACAAGACCAACAAGGUCACCUCCGGUCUCUACUGCUGUUACAAUGCCUUCUCUCGCCUCGACAUGCGCGUCCAAGUCCAGAUUCCUGGCACGGUAGAAAGCUACUGCGUCAACGAGCGUGGUGACAAGCUCGAGGCUUCCGAAGAACACUGGCUGGAAACAUAUCUGUGCAGCGUCCUGCGCGCCUACUCUUACGCCGAUGACGGCUCUGGUGACACCAUCAAGAAGAUUGUUGGAGUCCGUCGCUUCAACCCCAUCACCAACACCGAGGCCGAGCACAAGUUUCUGGAUGCCGCCGAGCGUCUGUUCUUUGCUGUGCCCAACCUCGUAUCCAACCAUCUCACCACCGGUCUCCUGAACUACAUCCGCACAACUGGCCGCUACACCUCGGGCAUCAACCUCUUCGAAAAGCUACGCACGCGCGACCCCGAAAUAUCAUCUCUGCUCGCCCGUGUCUACAUUAUGGGAGAUGAAGAAGUCAAGGCUGUACAACUGCUCCGCGAAGCCAUUCACCAGAUGCCCAUGGACUACCCCUUGCUCGACUGCCAGGCCGAAUAUUGUCUGUCCAAAGGCAGGAGCGACUUGGCUCUCGAGAUCGCAAAGCGAAGUGUCAUCUCAGCUCCCAGCGAAUUCGCUACCUGGGCGAGAUUAGCCGAAGUCUACAUCAGUCUCGAGCAGUGGGACAUGGCUCUCCUGACUCUCAAUUCGUGCCCCAUGUUUACCUACCAGGACAAGGACUCACCACGCAUGCCCGAACCUGCUCGCGUCUCUCUCCCACUUGCGCCAGAAGCCAUGUGUGACGAGAUCGACGACUCCAACACUGUCGGAGAAGAACUCGUCCACCCUAAUCUGCGUAGAUUGAGUGCUGCAAACUACAAGGGCACAUUCCANAAGGCUUACUCCUUGUUGACCGAGGUCACCAAGCGCAUUGGCUGGGAUCACCUCCUCAAAAUCCGUAGUCAGGUUUUUGUCAUGGAGGAAGAGUACCGCCACGAGAGACAGGCCAUUGUUCAGCAGGAAGCCCACUCACGCAGCGCUAGUACCACUGCCCUGCGAAGUCCUGCUGCUACCGAUGACAGACCAUCGACUGCUGGUUCGGUUUUCACUAACGGCGACACCCCACCAGCCUCUGCUGCCCUGGGAGACGAUGUGUCCAAACCACAGCACACCGUCACGGCGGUGCCAUCUAUGGAAACUCCUGACCCUCAACCCCCAGCGGCUGAUCCACAACACCUACAAUACACACAGUUCCAGCACAAGCGUCUUUGUGAGCGCUGGCUUGAUAAUCUCUUCAUGGUUCUGUACGAGGACUUGCGCAUCUACACAAUCUGGAGAACCGAAGCUCAGCAAUACAAGUCGCAACAACUCGCUUAUAAAAAGUCGGCUGACGAGUGGGAAAUCUUGGGCGAGCUCGCAGACCGCCUGCACAGGCCCGAUGAUGCAGCGGAAGCAUGGGAAGCUUGCCUCAACAUGCGCUUCUCGCCAAAGGCCAUGCGCGGGAUUCUCUCUGCAUAUGAGAGGUACGGUGACUCAUAUUUANNGUUUUCACCAUCUUUGGUCCACGUCAUCCGGAAGUUGAUCGAAGAGGAAGGCGCCGUCAAGGUCAGGAGUAUAAUCCAGGCGACAUCUCUACCUCAACAUAUCUUGGAUCUGACACAUCAAUACGCUGGUUUGUGUGCGGCCUUCAGGAGUAGCGGAAGCGAGGCUUGA